AUGCGGCGUGUGUAUCGCUCGAAGUCUAUCGCCUCUCUUAUUUUUUUCUCUCUCUCUUUCUCUCUCUGUCUCGUCUUUGGGGAAAAUUUUGAGAAUCCUCGUGUUUUCGCGCGUGAUUUGUUGUUCUUGGCUCGUCAUGUACCACCGCGAAGAAUUCCACGAGACGACGCCAGAUCUAGAACGUAAUUACAAAUACAAAUACAUUACAGGAAUCGUGAAAUAUUGGGAAAAAUAAUUAGAAAUUUAGAGCCAUAGGUAAUUUCAUCACUUUCUCGCAUCUAAUUCCAUCGAUUUUUGAAUAUUAAACCUAUAUUAUUUAUUACCUACAGACGUGUAUAAAAUAUGUAGAGUGUCAACGACCGAUUAUGUGAAUCGCGCGUGUAACAUGUGCGCAUUUAAUUAACGAUCUAUCUCUUAAUAUUUUUUUUUUUUUUUGUCGUUAACAAUACGUUCUAAUAUAUAAAAGUUAGAAAGAGGAAUUAAUUUGCGCAUCACAUUCUGUAUAAUUAAAAACAGUAAUCCCCUGUUACGUUUUUCUUAAAAUAUCAAAAUACUUGCACGUUGUUGCUUCUUUUCUAUAGUCAUUUUUUACCAACUUAAUGCACAUUUUCCCCAACAAUAAUUUAUACUUUUCUUUUUCUACACACAAAAAGAGUAAAAUAUGUAUAAAUAGGGGGGAUACAUCUGACUGUAUGAACAAGAAUAGCUUGAUAAGCUUCAGCAAAAAUAUGUCAUUAUUUAUACAGUAUCGGUGAUUUCAUGCUUGCAGUACAUUAGUGUUAUUAAUGUCACCAAAAAUAUCAAUCCAGCAUAGAAUAUUUUCCUUGCCAUAAAUCAACUGUCAGUAGACAUUGAAAGAUAUCAAUUUCUUUCCACCCCUCCCCCCUUUUUUACGUAACGUGAGAACGAAUAUGAUUCGCAAACAUAUAUAUAUUGUUGCUUAACAGAAGAAACUAAAUAAAAAGAAAGUGAAUUUUCAUGAAAACAGUUGAUUUAAAAUUAGUACAUAUCUAGCAAAAGCAGAGCUUUAACUGCCUACUAAUUCAUUAUCUACGCCGAUUUAUCAGGAAGAUUGGAAACGAGCCAUAUAAGUCAGCAAAAUCGUUUAAAUUGUGCUGUAUAACUAUGAAGAAGUGCGAUAGUAAUGAACGAUAAUUCUAUCAGUCCGACAGUCCCAGACUCAAUUAUCUAUUUUAUAUCGAUCCUCGAGCACUUUUCCCUUAAAUUUUAAUAUUAUUCUUCGAUGAAACUGAUGAGUUUGUUUGUCCAUUUACAUUAAUUAUGAUUAAUCGUGCCAACUAUAUUUAUUAUGUUUUUCAUGAUUGUAAUUAAACUUAAUGACUUUUGUAGAAUGCGACGCUUGUUAAAAAGGAUGCUGACGUUACGUUCUCUUCUCGAAGAGAAAGUUACGGAAUUAUGUUUUCCACGCGUAUCUUCAUAUAAUUGCGAGAAGCAGUCAGUAUUUAUGGAUUAUUACGAGGCGAAUGUUGCAAACCGGUAUUUCUGUUACACAUUCAGCUUCGUUCAUUGAUUACCUCUUGCUUUGACAGUUGUCGCGUUGUGUCGACUAUCGUUUUACAUUUCUUUGCCUUGGCUGUGGCAUUCCGUGAAUACUUGAAUUUUUAUUUGUUAGUUCCUGCGCGGAGGGAACGGUUUAGGUUAGGUUUGCGUGGAUCUCUCCGCGAUCUGUUAGUAGAAUCUCAAUAACAGGAAAUCAGUGACGGAAAUAUCGUUGCGAUUUUUCUUGUUAUAAGAAUGAUUCUCCUUAUAAAAAUGAUAGCCUUUUCAUUCUUUUAACUCGAGAAGAACUCGGUACUAUAAUUGUGUUAUAAGUUGUAUUAUGAAGUUAUUCACGAAGCAAACAUCGAGAUGAAGAGAGAGAAAAAGAAUAAUUCCGAAUUUUCUCACAUCGCAAAUGGUUGAUGAAUAUAAUCUGAUUGUGGAGCCCAUUAAUGAUAAUUCUGCGAGUUCAUUUCAUACGUCGUCGUAACAAUAGAAAUGUCACUGUGCUAAUGCUAAUCAUAUUAUCACGGCUCGUCAGCACAUGAGCAAUGUAUUUUCAAGAGGGCGCGCGACAAUUGUGGAAAACUGUAACCUAAAGCUCGUUAACAAUACGAUUGACAUUCAUUGAAAAUUUAUAUCGAAACUUGUGAAUUCGAAAAUGUUGGAAAAAUUUGAAAAUCCAAGAGCCUAAAAAUUAAAAUUAAAUUCACAAGAUUUUUUAAUUAUAUGAUUUUCUACGAUUAAAUGUGUUCAAUUGCACAUAUUUUCUUGCGUAACCAGUUUUUCAUAAAGAUUUCAUUCUAUAUGUAUGCCUAUUUCAUUAUUAUCGUUCAAGAUCGUUACUUCAAAUUAAAACUGAUUUCUACUUCUUCAAGCGUGAUCCUCAGGUUUUAAUUGUGUUUAAACAAUUUUAGAACUGAAUACAUGCGUAUCCGAUAUUCUAAAAAUACGAUUCAGCUGUAAGACACUUUUUCCGCGAGACUUCUUUUUUUAUUUCGCAACUUUACCAUACCUCUUACAAUUUGUAUCUUGCAUAAAAUCAUGCAAGAAUAUUGGAAGCUUAAAAUUUUUUAAAUUAAUGAUAUUAUGUUUAUAUAAAGUUAAGUAACAAGUAUAUAAUUAUAUUGAAAGAAAUUGAAAUAUUACACUGAAAUAUAUGACACUCGGUAUGAUAACGAUAGUUAAAUUUGUUACUUGAUAGAAAUUACUUAAAUAAAAGAUAUUUAUAUUGUGCCAGUAACGGUUUUGUAGCGUUAGAUAAGAGUUACUCGCUGUGCCAAGUAAUUCUUUAAGUUGUACACGUAUAUUUUACAACAGUAAUGUUCUUUGUUAUUUUACAUAUGUUAUAUAUAGAUAUAAAAUAUCGUUCAUUUCCAAAUUUAAAUUGCACAUAAAUUACGUGUGAUCAUAUUUUUUAAUCAGAUGAUAUAAAUUAGAGGCAGUUCUCUUAAUAAAUUAGAAAUAUUGCCGUAUUUUAAAACUACAUUAUAUUUAUCGAUUUCAGACUAUCGCAUCUCUCAACUUAAGAACGUUAGUUAGGUCGCAAACCACUGUAUAAUGCAAUAAGUUUUAUCGAUUUAAUGACGGAGUCAGCUGUUUUUAGGUCAUUCACCAGCGAUUUUUAAAGCGAAUAUACGAGUAUAUAAAUCUUCCGAAAAAUUUUUGUUCAAGAUUUUGUACGUUUCGUACAAUUUAUAUACUCUUUUUCCUAUUGAAAAUUAUACAAUACUUUACGUUAUUGCAAGUCACUAAAUUAUCACUUCUAAUGUUCUAUUCGCUUUUAUCUUAACAGAUUACAUCAUCUCAUUUAUUCAAGGUUCCGUGUAAAUUGAAAUUUCUAUACGUUGUAUGUAAUUACUAUGUGUGGAAUUGUUGAAUUUAUAAUACUGAUUUCUGUAUGAUUUUAUGCUUGUAGGUGCUAUAUGAUUGUGUAAAAGCACGAAGGGAAGUUGAAUUGCAUUGGAGAGCAUCAAAUUGCAGACACAUAGUGCAAGUCAAAGAUGUAUAUGAAAACACAUAUAGUGGAAAUAAAUGUUUAAGCUGCACAAAUUAUGUAUGAAAUUUGUGUCGCUGUAAAGCACCUGCAUGAUAUGAAUAUUGCACAUAGGGACCUUAAGCCAGAGAAUCUCUUGUAUUCUAAACCUGAUAGUAUUGGGAUAUUAAAACUUACUGAUUUCGGUUUUGCGAAAGAAACUCAUAUGAAAGAUACAUUACAAACCCCAUGUUAUACACCAUAUUAUGUUGUGUAUGAAAAUGACAAAACAAAUAUUUUUGUGGGACGUAUAGCUCCUGAAGUUCUAGGACCAGAAAAAUAUGAUAAAAGCUGUGAUAUUUGGUCACUUGGAGUUAUAAUAUUAUGUGGUUUUCCACCUUUCUACAGUAAUCAUGGUUUAGCAAUUUCACCUGGAAUGAAAAAAAGAAUUCGAUUAGGUCAAUACGAUUUUCCAGACCCUGAAUGGUCUAAUGUAAGCACUGAGGCAAAGAAUCUUAUCAAGGGUAUGCUGUGUACAGAUCCAGCUCAAAGACUUCAAAUCGACGAAGUUAUGCGCAAUAAAUGGAUUGCUCAAUAUACGGAAGUACCUCCUACGCCUUUACAUACUGGCCGUGUACUCCGAGAAGGUGAGGAACUUUGGCCAGAAGUUCAAGAAGAAAUGACACGCUCUUUAGCUACAAUGCGUGUAGACUACGAUACAGCCAAUUUGAAACAAUUGGAUCACACAAAUAACGCGUUAUUAAACAAACGCAGACGAGCGAAACAAACGAAUGCCGUACCACCGACUGCUAAUCCUACACCAGCAUCCUAGGGAGACGCAAUAAGAGCCAGUCAACACUGGCGUAAUUUUUUACGAAGAUGUAUAAGGUAUGGUAUAAUUACUAUGAGAAUUGUUUUUUAACAGUUGCAUAUAGUAAAAUAUAAAAAAUUAUAGCAGAAUAGUUUUGAAAAAAAUUCUACACAUACUGAAAAAUAUGAACUUGCAUUCAACUAUAUUCUGCUACAAUUAAUAAUAGAAUGCAUGAAUUUAUACCGUGAUAUAUUUAUUCAAGACUAAGAAACAUUUUUAAAAUGAUAUAAUUGUCAAAUUUAAAUGACGAAAACGCAGUUGAUAUGAAAAAAUAUUGUAUCAUUUAUGGGAUGCAUUUUUCGCUUUUUAUAGUAAAAGCGAUAGUAACUUAAAAGAUUUAAUAAAGCAGAAAUACCAGAAUUAAAAGUAAAUUAACUUGAUACAAUUAAAUAAUGUAUAUUACAAUUUAUAUUUAUUGAUGAAAUGUUGAUAAAAAAACUUUUCGUCAUUCAUAACUACGUAUAUAACUACAUAGUAAAAUUCAUAUUGAAAAGAAAUAUAAAACAUAUUUUUCGAUUAAAAAAAAGAAUGUUGGACUUCAUAAUGAAGUUUCUAUUAACUAAUAUGAAUCAAUACAUCUAGCAGCUUCUCAUUGAUUUAUUUCAUUGAUUUACUGUCUGUAAUUUAAAUUAUAAAUCAUAGACUAUAAUGCUUAAUAAUUUUUAUGUGUAAGUAGUGGUAUUACUUUUAAAUUAUUAAACUACUGUUAUUUAUAGUAAGACAAAAAUAAUUUGCAUUAUUGCAUCAAUGUUUAAAUUUUUGACCAUGUACAGUUACAAAUUAUUUGAAUUAUGAAAAUAACAUUUAAUUAAAAAAUAAUGCAAAUGUAUGUUAUGUACUUUUAAGAUAUAUUUUGACUGAGGCUGAAUACGUGUAAGAAUUCUUAUAAUUGUUGCAAGGUGCUAACGUAUAUUGCUGUAAUUAUUUCUUAGACGUUAAAACAAUACCACAACUUCCUAAUUUUUUAAAUAAACAAAAUUUAUAAUAAGAAAUGGAAUUUAGGAACAAAGAUGUACACAUUGCAAUAUAAAUAAUGUAGUAAUUAUAUUUUUUUAGAUGUAUUAUAAAACAAAAAUUGAAAUUCAAAUUCAAAUUUAAAAAAUGCCUUAAAUAAUAUGAGGUCAAUUUUUAGUUUAGUGUUCAAUUAAUAUAGUUAAGUAUUUUAAUUAAAUACCGAUUUAGACAACAUGUAAAUCGAGAGGCAAUGAAAUCUCAUGAAUGUAUCAUUGUUUCUUCUGAAACGACGAAUAUAUUAUGAAUGUAAAUAUAUGAAGUAUUUUUCAUAAGAUAGAACUGAAGUCAUGAUUAUUCAUAUUACCAAUGGCUAUCCGUAAUAAGUAAGGUAGAAAAUAGAUUGAAAAUAGAUCUUGUGACUGAUAAAUAAUGAGAACAUUAGGGAUUGAUUGUUUCCACAAUUCUAAAUCACUAAAUUAAAAUUUUUUCCGAGACAACAAAGUAUAUAAUGCUAUGUCAUUCUAAAUUAAUUACUAUAUUUAGUGGCGUAUUUAUUAUUAUAUAAUAAACUAUUUUAGAAUUGUGAAAACAAAACUUCUUCCAAAUAAACAUCAUGUGAUGGUUCAAUUUCUAACUUAAUUGAAAAUAAUAAAAAACUAAAGAUUAACUACUGUAUAUGAAAAUUAAUUCAAAUAAAACCAAGAAUAUUUUCAGAUUAAAGUUAGCUUCAAAUAUUUUAUGAAAUUAUUGCAUUAUUGUGCUUGAUAAUACUGAAAUAGUACAAGUGUUUAUAGAUUUAAUAUAUUAAAUAUACGAAAUAUGUGUUUAACGUUAAUUUGAGCUGAACUAUAGUAUCGAAAUAUUUUUGUAAUGAAUUUAAGUAUGUUAAUUUGCAUUGCAUUUAUAAGACUUGAUAGUAAGUAAAAGUGUCUUUAAUUAAUGCAAAUAGUUGAUUAUGUUAAUUAUAAUUCUGUAAUUUAACUAUUAUACUAUUUUACUGAAAUAUAUUAUUUUAUUAAUAGAAUUAUUGUAAAAAUUCGACAAACAAUAGUUAUAAAAAAUAAAAAAG